AUGGGUGACGCCAUUGAGCCGGAGGCGCAGCCCAACGCCGAGACGGCUCUCGACUUCGCCGCCGUGCAAGCCCGCUACGCACAGGAAAAGGCAAAGCGCCUCCAUCCGGAGGGUGUCGAGCAGUACGUCGAGCUCACCAGCUCGAAUAAGCUCCAAUCCCUCGCUUCGGACCCUUGGGUCGACCAUGACGCGCUCAAUGCCGAGCCUCCAUCGCUCCGCAACGGCGAUGACAUCAAGGUUCUCAUCCUCGGCGCGGGCUACGGCGGCCUCCUCUACGCCAUCCAUUUCAUCCAGCAGGGCAUCUCACCGUCUGACAUUCGUCUCAGGGGUACACGUACAUGCCGCUUCUCGAGGAGACGGGCUAGGUACCUAAGCACCGCUUUCUCCUACGGGCCCGAGCUGCUCGACUACGCCGGCGUGCUGGCGGACAAGUGGGACCUCCGCGACAAGGGCGUGUCCCGAUCGACGGUGCAAAAGCUACGACUGGGACGCCGACCCCGUGCGGUGGAAUCACCAAGAUCCGGCAGGGCCGGGGGGCUCGGGGCAGGCCGACGGGGAGAUGACGGGGCGAGCACAGGCUUCCGCUCGCCGGCCGCCGGCCUCGGCGAGCCCGGCACGGCAUCCAACAUGACGAUCCGCGGCCGCGACGGCCGCCUGCUCGCCGACAAGUGGGAGGCCCAGGGCCCGUCGACGCUGCACGGCGUGCUGACGAACGGGUUCCCGAAUCUCUUCCUCUCGGGCCCCAUGCAGACGGGCGCGUCGGCCAACUUUAGCCACGUGCAAAACGUGCUGGCCGAGCACUGCAGCUACAUUCUCGGCGAGGCCGUACGUCGGGCCGCCGCGCGCGGGCUGGCUGCGGACCGCGUUGUUGUCGAGGCGACGGUCGAGGCCGAGGAGACCUGGGCCAGCCGGCUCAUGCAGCGGGCGGCGUGGUUCGCGGGCGCGGGUAUCUGCGCACCCAGCCUCAAUAACAACGAGGGCUCAUUGGGGGCGGACCCGGCAUCGCACAUGAAGAUGGCAAGGGGGGCGCCGUUUGCGCUCGGUAUGAACGCUUACUCGCGAGAGAUCAGGUUGUGGCGGGAGGAGGGCACGAUGAAGGGGGUGGACGUCUCGUAG